AUGGCCAAACUGCCUAAGAUCAAUGUUGUGAAUGCCACUAAAACGCACAGUGCUAGUUUAUUUCUUUUUCAUGGCUCAGGUAUAUUCACAGUAUUUUAUUUAUUUUUUUUUUUUUAUAGGAAAUAAGGGUAAUAAAAUAAGAGUUGAAAAUUAUUUCUCAUCAUUGUCAUUUCAGGAGCUACUGGAACUAAUUUCAAGGAAUGGAUUGAUAUUUUGAACAGAGAGGAAUUAAAAUUUCCACACAUAAAAAUUAUUUACCCUACUGCACCUUUGCAACCCUAUGUACCUCUUAAUGGAAUGCAUAGUCAUGUAUGGUUUAAUCGUAAAAGUAUAUCUAUAGAAGCACAAGAAGACAUGGAAUCAAUAAAUUCAAUGUGCACGACCAUCACAGAACUUAUUGAUAAAGAAAUUUCUGAUGGUAUUCUGGAUAACAGAAUUGUUCUUGCUGGUACUUGAAAAGUAAUCCAGGAAUACACACUCCACCUCUUCUGCAGUUUCAUGGUAUUGCAGACAACUUGGUUCCAAUAAAAUGGGGAGAGGAGUUUCGCGACAAUCUAAAAGAACUUGGAGUGAACAUUCAGUUUAUACCAUUGGAUCGCACAGAUCAUGAAUUAAGCAGAACUGAGAUACAAUCCUUCAAAGAGUGGCUUUUGAACAUUUUGCCAGAGAAAAUUUCUGACUGA